CCGCCGAUGUGUCUCGUUAUCAGUCACCCGCUUUAUGUACUUUCUACAUCACAUAACGACACAAAGUGGUCAACAGUCGAAAAAUCAAAACAUUGUGCGACAAUCUUGCGCGAAUUCGGUGAUCGGGUGUGAAUUCCGCGGUCAGAUUGACCUCCGGUGGUGCGGGAAAUCGCGCCGCAUCGAAGAACGAUGACGCUGUUCAAAUCCUUCGAAGUGCACCUGUUUGGUGGCAGUUUCCACCUGCCGCUGCCGCUAAUCGUCAACGUUAUCAUCUCGACCGGUGCGUACUUCGUGGGCCUCAAUCUGAUACCGAAGAUGAAGGCGAUGUUUUUGGCGGCCAAUCUGAGCGGCACCGAUAUGAACAAGGUGUCCAAGCCGAAGAUACCAGAAGCUUUCGGGGUGGUGACCGGAUGCAUCUUCCUGAUCUCAUUGUUUCUGUUCAUUCCGGUUCCGUUCGUGGGAAAUUUCUCCAAUGGCGAUAAGGAAGAGUUUCCUCAUCACAAGUUUGUAGAAUUCAUUGCGGCAAUGCUUUCGAUCUGCUGCAUGAUCCUCUUAGGAUUUGCGGACGACGUGUUGAAUCUCCGGUGGCGUGAUAAGCUUUACCUACCGACCAUCGCAUCACUCCCGCUGCUGAUGGUUUACUACACCAAUUUCAAUUCAACCACCAUCAUCCUGCCCAAAAUUGUUCAGCCAUUCGUGGGGACAUCGAUCGACAUUGGUUUCCUGUACUAUGUCUACAUGGGCAUGUUGGCGGUGUUUUGUACCAACGCGAUCAACAUUCUGGCCGGUAUCAACGGGCUGGAGGUGUGUCAGUCUUUGGUGAUAGCCGGAUCGAUUAUAGUGUUUAACUUGGUGGAAAUCCUCUCGGGACACUGCCGUGAAGCGUACGAAUUUUCGUUGUACAUCAUGCUGCCUUACGCGGGAGCCACGCUGGCGCUGUGGAAGUAUAAUCGCUACCCCUCCCAGGUGUUCGUCGGCGAUACGUUCAACUACCUCUCCGGGAUGACCUUCGCCGUUGUCGGUAUCCUAGGACACUUCAGCAAAACGGUUCUACUGUUCUUCAUCCCGCAGAUCAUUAACUUUAUCUACUCGGUUCCGCAACUGUUCCGCUUCAUCCCAUGUCCUCGCCAUCGCCUCCCGAAACACGACCCAAAAUCUGACCUGCUCAACUACAGCAAGACCCAGUUCCGCGUCAGCGAACUGAACAUCCUGGGCAAGCUGUGCUACAUGGUGUUCAAACACGCCCGUCUGAUCCGCUGCGAGGAAAGCGAGGACGGAGUGGUGACAUGCAAUAACUUUACGAUCAUAAACUUCGCCAUCCUGCUGACCGGGCCGAUUAGGGAGGAUCGACUGAAUCGUUUGCUGAUAGUGUUCCAGCUGAUUUGUUCCGUGUUCGCCUUCACCAUUCGGUACCCGCUGGCGCACUAUUUCUACGAGUACUGAGCUACUGAGCGAUGGCUUCAGUAGGGGGAAUCUUGCUGACAAUUUGAACUGACCCAUGUGUGAUGCGAAAGCAGGUGAAGAAGCCAAAGGUAACUAUUUUCAUCCGAUUUGUUGUAAGUAUAAACUUAAAAGAAUGUUUAGGA